AUGAGAAAUAAACAAAGACUCUCGUUCGUCAUAGUGGGUGUUCUUUUCCAUCUUUUUUACCUAUGGUCGAUCUUCGAUAUUUAUUUCGUGUCACCGUUAGUGCAUGGUAUGCAAAGGUUCCGCAGCACUGAAGAUCCGCCAGCAAAAAGGCUAUUUUUAAUUGUCGGUGACGGGCUUCGUGCUGACACUACGUUUGAUAAGAUCACACACCCUGUAACAGGGGAAACAGAGUUUCUAGCACCAUUCAUCAGAUCGUUGGUAGAGAACGAUGCUACAUAUGGUAUUUCACAUACAAGAAUGCCAACAGAAUCAAGACCAGGCCACGUUGCAAUGAUUGCAGGCUUUUAUGAGGAUGUAAGUGCUGUAACAAAAGGUUGGAAGGAAAAUCCUGUGGAUUUUGAUAGCUUUUUUAAUCAAUCUGCUCACACGUAUUCCUUUGGCUCGCCAGAUAUCUUGCCAAUGUUCAAAGAGGGCGCCUCAGAUCCUAACAAAGUAGAUGCAUGGAUGUAUGGCCAUGAGUUCGAGGACUUCACUCAAUCGUCUAUAGAGUUGGAUGCUUAUGUUUUCAGACAUUUGGACGAACUUUUUUACAACUCUACUAUUAACCAUACUUUGAACAAUCAAAUCAUGCAAAAUGGAAAUGUGUUCUUUUUACAUCUUCUAGGUUGCGAUACCGCUGGGCACUCAUAUAGACCCUACUCUGCGGAAUACUAUGAUAAUGUCAAAUAUAUCGACAAUCAGGUUUCCAUACUGGUGAAAAAGGUGCAUGACUUCUUUGGUGACGAUGACACAGCUUUCAUUUUUACAGCUGAUCAUGGGAUGAGCGCAUUUGGUUCCCAUGGUGAUGGUCAUCCCAAUAAUACGAGAACUCCACUUGUUGCUUGGGGUGCAGGUUUGAAUAAGCCUGUAAAAAAUGAGUUCCCAAUUUUUGAUAAUUAUACUGAGAACUGGGAUCUAUCUCAUAUCAAGAGAAACGAUGUCAAACAAGCAGAUAUCGCAUCACUUAUGGCAUACUUGAUAGGUGUUGAUUACCCUGCGAAUUCCGUUGGCGAGCUGCCGUUAGCUUACAUAAACAACACCGAAGAAGCUAAGCUGAAGGCACUGUACAACAAUGCAAAAGGCAUUCUAGAGCAGUACUUGGUGAAAGAAAGUGAGGUGGUUGAUUCACAAUUUCACUACAAGAAAUAUAGUAAGUUUGAUGAAAAACCACACUGGCAAUAUCUGCAGGAGAUAGAAGACUUGAUAGAAAAGAUCGCAAAUGGAGCAAGUGAGCUUGAACCACAUGCAAUUAAACUAACUGAGGAAUUAAUGAAAGUAACAUUAGAGGGACUCCAUUAUCUGACCACUUAUAACUGGCGUUUUAUAAGAGCAAUUGUGAGUUUGGGAUUUGUUGGCUGGAUUACAUACUCCUUUACCUUGUUUUUGAGAUUGUUCAUUUUGAAAAGAGAAUACGACGUGAAAGCCUCGAUGUUGAACAUUCUAGCGUUCGGAGUGCUCUCACUUGUAUUGAAUUACGUGCUUUACUACCAAAGGUCUCCAUUCAACUUUUAUAUGUAUCUGUUAUUUCCAGUUUUCUUCUGGAGCCAAAUUGUUACAAACAAGGUAAUUUUGAAUGAUGGAUUAAAAGAAUUUUUCAAGGGAAUCUCAUUUAUCAAGAGAUUUGGGGUAAUUAUUUCAAUUUUAGCCAUUUAUGAGAGUAUAGUAUAUGGAUUUUUUGAGAGAUGGAUUUUUACCGUGAUUUUCAAUGUCUUGGGUUUUUAUCCUUAUAUUUGCGGAGUCUCAGACAUUAAGACCAACUUGCUGUGGUUUAUAACCAGUGUUAGCAUCUCUGUGUUUACGCUGUUCGACGCAGUAAAAAUUGAGAGUCUCGCUCAAAUAAACGUUUCAGCCAUUCUAAUAAUCAUGAGCGCAACUUAUGAGCUGCUUAGAAUCAGAAAGCUCAUAAAUGCACACACGCUGAGACUAUUGACCAUCCAAAUUCUGUUAGUUAUCUUGAUGUUGGCGGCGACAAAUAAAUCAGUUUCAUCGCUACAGAAUCGACAGGGUCUACCAAAGGACUCUCAAGUGGGAAGUUGGUGUAUCUUUGCGAUAUCACUAUUAGUAAUGCCUGCAUUGCAUUAUUUGAAACCCAAUAAUGACUACAGGGUAAGAAUGCUGGUCAUCUAUCUGACAUUUGCCCCUUCUUUCAUAAUUCUCACAAUAUCCUUCGAGUCAUUCUUUUAUUUCCUAUUCACCGUUUACAUGAUUCAAUGGAUUGAAAUCGAAACAAGGAUAAAGGAAAUAAAUCAAAGAACACAAUCAGCAGAAAAUUGGCUCCAAUUACUCCGUGUAUCCGUAAUUGGUAUUUUUCUUCUCCAGAUCGCUUUCUUCGGAACUGGUAACGUUUCUUCUAUCUCAUCUUUUUCUCUCGACUCCGUUUACCGUUUGCUCCCGAUAUUUGAUCCAUUUCCAAUGGGGGCUCUGCUAAUGUUAAAAAUUCUCAUACCAUAUAUUACGCUUUCAACUGGAUUGGGUAUCUUGAAUUUGAAGCUAGAUAUCAAGGACUACACAAUUUCAUCGUUGAUCAUCUCCACUAGUGACAUCUUAUCAUUGAACUUCUUUUAUUUACUUCGGACGGAGGGUAGCUGGCUGGAUAUCGGGGUUACAAUUGCUAAUUACUGUCUUGCCAUCUUGUCCUCUCUAUUCAUGUUAUUGGUGGAAUUGAUCAGCCAUUUAUUGCUGAAAAAUGUCUCUAUUGAACCAAGCAAGGAAGAAAGUGAAAAGAAAACAAAAUGA